CUCCCACUGACACCAAUGAUACUUACUUUGCUGACCCCUGCUAGCCUGGGCUCGCUCUCUCACUUACCUGUCAGCUGUCUUCCUUCUCUGGCCGCUCUCCUCUUCACUCGCUCCGGCAGCUCCCUCGGUCUUCUUCGAUCUCCGCGCGCUGCCGCUCGGCUCCUCCUCUCCAAGCUCCACCUCCUCGCCGGUGAUUGGCCGCCUGUGUGCCUCUCCUGAGCUACAGUUCCGGCGGCCAAUCAGCGGCGAGGAGGCGGAGCUGCUGAGCGAUCCCGGAGGAUGUGGCCAGAGUGA